GAUUCCCUCCCCUGUCUUGUCUUAGCUCGCUCAUUCUUUUCUAGAAAACAUGAAGGAGAGAGAAGUCAAGUUUGCUCGGAGGACGAAUGUCAAAUGAAAGUUUGAAAGAAGCUUCCGAGGGAGAGAGGCGAGGGGGAAAAGUAAGAGAAGGGGGAGGAAAGAAGGAAGGAAGGAAGGAAGAAUUAAGACUUGCAGCGCGAUGAAAGGAUAACUAUAUUAGCAGUAUAUUAAACUGAAAAGUCAGUCAUACGGCACCAUGAGCAUACAGCCGAUUAUAAACCAACCGAUGCGUUACUUUUAAAGAGUUAAACGCUUGUUUUACUUUCUGCUUCGUGCGUUGCCGCAGUUUAUUAUAGGAAGAGUCGCGGAAAGUGACCGACUCCCCGGAAAGAGUCGGAGCUGAAGCACCCGCAAGCCGAGUCGGGCCGGUGGCUAGAGCCGGAGGAGAGGCGUUGCCAUCCCCUGUUAUCUGAGAAAUGGCAGGGGCAAAGCCGGGGGUCCACGCUUUACAACUCAAACCGGUGUCUGUCCACGAAACUCUGAAGAAGGGGAGCAAAUUCAUCAAAUGGGACGAGGAGCUGAACAGCACGACUCUAGUGACCCUGAAAGUGGAUCCCAAUGGCUUCUUCCUCUACUGGACGGCCGCCAACAUGGACGUGGACAUGUUGGACAUGAGUCACAUCAGAGACACCAGGACAGGGAACUACGUCAAAAUACCAAAGGAUGCUCGGGUGCGAGAGGUCCUGGGCUUCGGCAAAGGGGAUGGCAGCUCCGUGGAGGGCAAGUUGUUGACAGUGGUCCACGGGACUGACCUUGUCAAUGUCACCUUCCUGAACUUUCAGGCCAUGCAAGAAGACAUAGCCAAGGUGUGGACCGAGGAGCUGUUCAAACUGGCCACCAACAUCCUGUCCCAGAAUGUCUCCCGCAACACGUUCCUCUUCAAAGCGUAUACAAAGUUAAAGCUGCAAAUAAACCAAGACAGCAAGAUCCCGGUAAAAAGCAUCCUGAAGAUGUUCUCUGAUAAGAAACGCGUGGAGACGGCCUUGGAGCAGUGCGGCCUUGUCACAAAUCGGGCUGAGGGGAUUAAAGCAGAUGAGUUUACUUGGGAGAGAUUCCAGAACUUCAUCAACAACUUGUGCCGAAGGCCCGAGAUAGAGCGCAUCUUUGUGGAACUCGGCUCGAAGGGGAAGCCCUUCCUGUCUCUGGACCAGCUCCUAGACUUUGUGAACAAGCGGCAGCGUGACUCACGCCUGAACGAGGUGCUGUACCCACCUCUGAAGAGGGAGCAGAUGCGGCAGCUGAUGGAGAAGCACGAGACCACCAGCAAUCAGCUGGAACGCGACCAGAUCUCAUUAACGGGCUUCAGCCAGUAUCUGGGAGGAGAGGAGAACUCCAUCGUGCCCCCAGAGAAGUUGGACAUCCUGGACGACAUGACCCAGCCGCUCUCUCACUACUUCAUCAACUCCUCCCACAACACUUACCUCACAGUGGGCCAGCUCACGGGGCUGUCCUCUGUGGAGAUGUACCGGCAGGUUCUGCUCACCGGGUGUCGCUGUAUCGAGCUGGACUGCUGGAAGGGUCGGCCACCGGAGGAGGAGCCCUACAUCACGCACGGCUUCACCAUGACCACUGAGAUCUCCUUCAAGGAAGUGAUCGAGGCGAUCGCCGAAAGUGCAUUUAAGACGUCCCAGUAUCCCCUCAUCCUCUCGUUCGAGAAUCACGUGGACUCUGCAAAACAACAGGCAAAGAUGGCGGAGUACUGCCGCACGAUAUUUGGAGAUGCGCUGCUCAUCGAUCCGCUGGAGAAGUACCCGCUGGUCCCAGGUCAUCCCCUGCCAUCCCCCCAAGACCUGAUGGGGAAAAUACUCAUUAAGAACAAGAAGAAGCACCACCACCGGCCCUCCAGCAGGGGCAGCGUGAGGCGCAAAGAAGAGGGUGGCGAGACAACAGAGCAGGCCUCUCCAAACAACGGUUACGCAGAGAGUGAAGAAGAGGAAGAUGAAGAGCAGGUGAUGGACCUGAAGAACAUCAAGACUGACGAGGGCACGGCGAGUAGUGAGGUCAACGCCACGGAGGAGAUGUCGAACUUGGUGAACUACAUAGAGCCGGUGAAGUUUAAGACCUUCCAAGUGGCGCGCAACAGGAACAAGUUCUUCGAGAUGUCCUCCUUUGUGGAGACCAAAGGCAUGGACACACUUAAAAGUUCCCCGAUUGAAUUUGUGGAAUACAAUAAGAAGCAGCUAAGUCGAAUCUACCCUAAGGGGACCAGGGUGGAUUCUUCAAACUACAUGCCGCAGAUCUUUUGGAAUAUGGGUUGCCAGAUGGUGGCACUCAACUUCCAGACUCUCGACCUGCCCAUGCAGCUGAACAUGGGUGUGUUCGAGUAUAACGGUCGCUGCGGCUACGUGCUCAAACCGGAGUUCAUGCGGCGCGCCGAUAAACACUUCGACCCCUUCACCGAGAACAUCGUGGAUGGCAUCGUCGCCAACACCGUCAAGAUCAGGGUGAUCUCAGGCCAGUUCCUGUGUGAUAAGAAGGUUGGCGUGUACGUGGAGGUGGAUAUGUUCGGCCUACCCGUCGACACCAAGCGCAAAUUCCGCACCAAGACCUCCAACGGGAACUCCCUGGACCCAGUGUGGGAGGAAGAGACCGUCUUCAACAAGGUAGUGCUGCCCACCCUGGCUUCCCUGAGGGUAGCGGUAUAUGAGGAGAACGGCAAGUUCAUCGGCCACCGCAUCCUGCCGGUGUCUGCCAUCCGGCCAGGGUACCACUACAUCAGCCUGAAGAAUGAUCUGAACCAACCGCUGCUUCUUGCCUCCCUGCUGGUCUACACUGAGGCCCAGGACUAUAUCCCCAAUGAGCACCAGGAGUACGCCGAGGCGCUUACCAACCCCAUCAAGCACGUCAGCUUGCUACAACAGAGGGAGAGGCAGCUGGCCGCCCUCAUCGAGGACAAUAACGAGAUGGUGGAGAAGGAGCCACAGGAAGGAGAGCGGUGUGAACCGUCCCCCCCGCAGGUGGACGGAGUUUUCAUCCCUCAGCCCAUCCCUCAGCCUAUUCCCGACUUACCCCCUGCAGCACAGAAAGAAGACCUCAUUGGUACCGUCAUGGCAGACAUCGCCCCCCAGUCCAUGGAGGAGCUCAAGCAGCACAAGUCAUACCUGAAGCUCCUGAAGAAGCAGUGUAAGGAGCUGAAGGAGCUGCGCAAGAAACACCUCAAGAAGGUGAGUGCCCUCAAUAAGGAGCAGCGCGCUCGCAGCAGCCAGCUGGAGUCAGAGUCGCAGAGACGGCGCAGCCAGAUGGAGAAGAAAUAUAAAGGCAGCCUGAAGAAGGAGCCCCUGGAACCCAAGGAGCUGAAGGCCCUGGAGGUAGAGCUGAAGAAGCAGACACUGAAGCUGCGCGAGUGGCAGAUGCAGGAGCUGCUGCAGCUGCGGCAGGUGCAGCACCAACUGGAGAGAGAGAGGAAAGCGGCUCACCUCAAAGAGGCCUUUGAGAAGCUGAAGGAGACGGCACAGGAGAGCCAGGUCACGCAGCUGAAGAAGCUGAAGGACGUCUGCGAGAAAGAGAAGAAGGAACUGCAGAAGAUUCUGGACAGGAAGCGACACAACAGUAUAAGUGAGGCCAAGAACAAGGAACGUGAUAAGGCAGACGCGGAGCUGAAUGAGAUCAAUAGGAAACACAUCUCAGAGUCUGUCAACUCGCUGCGCAAACUGGACGAGGCCCAGAAGAAGCGACAGGAUAAGCUGGUUCUGUGUCAGAGGGAGGUUCUCCAGCACGUCGAUGAGGAGCUCCCUGUGCAACAGGCACGGCUAGAGAGAGAGAUGGAUGCUGAGCUGCAGCGACUGCCAGAGGAAAUCUGCCAGUACCUGCAGGGGGAGCUAGAGAUGAAGAGGCAGAAGGGCGAUGCUGCCCUGGGCUCCCUCUCCAACAAUGACAGCACGAGCUCUGGGCCGCCGUCGAACAGCAGCACGCCUCCGUACUCCCCGCACAAUCGCAGCUGGCACGAAGGGCAGACCCUGGACAAUAGCGCCGCCUCAUUGGUGGACUCUUCAUCCUCCAAUACCCCAGUCUUAUCAGAGGCCGAGCUCACGUCAGUGUAGCUUAUCAGAAUUCUCUCAUUAAACUUUGCUCCAUGCCUCCUCCCAUAUGCUCACUGACCUAGAAAUAGUACUAUUACUUAAUUUUGUUUUAAGUAUCUAAAUGUAUUUUUUUGUUGUUGUUUUUUUUUAAAUCCCUUAGUCCCUGAUCAGGCUACUGCUAUUCUUCUGAGAAUUUUUACCAAAGCUUUUUGCUCUUACAUUGGUCUGGGUUUCUAUGAAUGUUUUAACUUGUUAGACAUCCUUACUCUUAUCUUGGUGAAAACUGUGGACAUGAAGGGCACAUUUUAAUUCAGAGGUAAAUUUGUAUUUAUUUAUUAGCUUUGCAAUUGCCUGCGUGUAGUGCGUAAAUUUGGCCACCAGGUGGUGGGCUGCAGCAAUUUAGCGAUUUAGCUUCGUGACAGUGCCGGGCUGCGUUGUAUAUUAUAACAUAGAAAGAACUUGUUUACAUGAUGAAUUGCACCCCGAUCCUUUUAUAGGCAAGACAAUAAUCCAGUUAUUCUGACACCAGUCAGCAAACAUUACAAAUAAGAAGUGCAUUAAUGCUGUUGAUAUGAUAAAACAGUCUUGUAAUUGUCACUAGACAGUGGAUCUGAAAAUGAAAUGGGCCCCCAAUCACAAGCAGUUAAGCCAGUGUUGACCCAUAACAUGUAGGCUGUUUUCAGGAUCUGGGGGGGGGGGGGGGGGGGGGGGGGGGGUUCUUGCUGGAUGUAUGAGAUGAACAAGGCAUUUGGCGGGAAACUAAUUCUCUCUCUUAAAAAGUGCCACAUUGGGCUUGGGGUUAGCUGUGUAAGUCUGUGAUUGGGUAUAAUGUAUUCCUACGUUGAUGGCCUGGUGACAGGCCCCACCCCCUCAUAAUCGGAUGACUGUGGGCCCCUCGGGGCCGGUGUAGCGAUGCACUUCCCUGGCUUUGUGAGAGCGUGUCACCUCAUACCGAUGGAUGUCAUACGGAGCCCACGUACCCCAUUCCACCGCGAUGAUAUUUUUUUUUGUAUCAUUAGUUUGCCUAACCAGACCAUCCUCUUGCCUAUAAUCACCCCCGCCCCCCAUCUGUCUCUGUGCAACGGUGGCUGCUGUCAGCCUCUGUCCCGCAGCGGGGGCUAAGGGGUAUUUAUGCGUGACUUGUGGAUUCCUGCUGGAACAGGCUGUCGGCUAGAACAGGGUCAGUCUGCAAGCGCCGCCUGGUCCGGAGCUGCAUGCUGCACGCUAGACGGACAGUAGAUACAGUAAUACUGACUGUACUGGCAGCUUGGCCCUCCCCACCCUAUGGCUGACAUCACACAUGCACACAGCCCCACGGCAUACAGCUCCAGACGGCCCUUCGGAGGGUCAUGUGACAGGCGUGGGGAGAUGGGCAGAGCUGCAGUGUGGUCGCUCUCUCCAUCGGCAUCAGUAUAGGCUCAUCCAUCACUUCUGUCUUGUUUCUGACAUGUAUUUAGUGCCUAAUUUAGUGAGAAAGCGGAGCAGAUUUUAAAAAAAAUUUAUAUGUUUUAAUGUGAUCUGACUGUUUUGUUUCAGUUUUUGAAUAUGAAUUUUACUACUGACUAAUGGUGGAAAUGGAGGGAGUGGGGGCCCAGAGUAUGUCUGAACCCCCCCCCCCCACCCCACCUGCUGCCUGUCUGUCUAUCAAGUUACUUUGCAGUGGAAAGAUCUGACAUAAUCUUCUUCGGACCAGAUAUACGUGCUUUGUGCUUAUUUUCCAGAUGCAUUUGACGUGUUCGGUCGGCUGUGGCGUUUGGUUAACAGAUUAGUUUGUCCAAAUUGUCAGUGUAAUCUGUGGUUCUGAAAAAGUUUAUCUUGUGUUAUUUGCCCGUUGAUGUUUACCGUUCUUGAACAGGAUCCUCCGCAGUAGCAUUUGGUUUGGAAGCAGGUGCCAGGAGGGGGAGUCCAACCUCUACAUCGUGGAGGGGGGGCUUCUGUCCUCCAUGUUCUCCUAUUAGCUCAUUUAAAGCAGCGUUUCUCGAAAUGAUCCUCAGGAAUCCUCGGGCGGUCCCAGUCCAAUCCAGUGUCCAGUGGACAGUGUGGCUGGGAGCAACCGCGGGGAUCGUCUCGGGCUCCCUGGGGACCGGAAUGAGACACGCUGAUUUACAGAUUAUUGUCCGGUGUUGAAUGACUGUCACAUUAGUCACUGAAAGUGCUUUUCCAGAUUAACUCUGGGAGAAGGGAGCUCUUUUUGUAAAUUAGUUUUUGAACUAUUGUCUUUCUUUUUAAAAGACUGAAAGUGUAAUCAAUGUGUAAUCAAUGUGGUUUGUCCCAAAAACUUCAAAAAAUUACAACUAUGUCCUGUCUGUGGUAGGAAAUGCUAGGUCCACCACUGCUGGAAUCCAUUGUCUCUUUACUCUUUACACCAGAUGGCCUCCAGACAGCGCAUGCUAUUGGAAUAGAGACUCUCGAACCUUUAUACGCUUCAUCCUGUAGCUCCAGAAUACCCAGCCAGGCCAGUGCAUCCAUACCGCAGUUUGACAGCAGCGCCUCUGCUGGUCGAAAAGGAGAUUGCUGUUCGUUAUCCAAAUCCAAAUUAAUUUUCGUGCAAAUUGAAAGGUACGCGUUGUUGUUAGAUACAUUCGAUUGGCUGACCUACUGUAAUGGUGCGAGGGUUUGCCACUGCUGGCCUUUAAACACCGUGAAGUCCAGCGUUGACAUUUACUGAAUCCAGGAAGGUCAAGCCUUGUUCAACAACUGAAAGAAAUGCUGUGUCCUCUGGGUGUUUAAUAAUUACUGGGUGUUCUUAAUGACAUUUACAAAUGACUAGUGGCUGGAAACUGGGCAGUGCUUAUAAAAGGGAUUCUUUAAUUCUAGAUAAGAUUAUAUAUAUAUAUAUUUUAUAUAUAUAAUAUAUAAAAUAAAAUUAGGAUUAAGUGUACCGCUCAUUUUCAGAGUUUGAACAUUAACGGUAGAACCAUGACUUUUAUUGCAAAUGCUGGGUCAAGCUUUUAUUAUUAUUAUUAUUUUAUUAUAGUUUUGUUCUAGCUGAAACAUUUCCACAGUACCUGUCCUACGACACUGAAUGUGUGGUCUGUGAACAAGCAGCUGUCUGAAUUGUACGCAUGGUGGUUGUGUUUUCAUUCUUGCAUUUAGCUUUUUACUAAGUCACUAUGUACAUCAGAAAGAGACACUUGGUAUGUUAACACUGUAUGUAGAAAUUAUUGGUGCGUCUUGUGAAAGGGAAAAUUAUUCAGGAUGUAAUUUUUAUUGUCUUGAAAAAUAAUAUAAACUACAUUCAAUAAAUGCAGGAAUUUUGCGUAA